CGGUGGGACACUCCGAGGUCCCGCCUCGUCACUUGGCCUCCCUCCGGGUGAGGCGGACGGGACUCCUGGUGUCACAGUUGGGGCUCAACGUUGUGGACUGAGGCUGCCCAGUGUGCUGUGAUACCAUGGAGGCAGGGGCCGAUUCCUCUGAGGCCCCCUCGGUCUGCCGCUUCUUCCUAGAGGGCCGCUGUCGCUUCGGCGCACGCUGCCGUCAGCCACACCCCGGAGCCCCAGCGCCAACCCCUGAGGUCGCGCAGCCGGAGUCUGGGUCCAAAAAGCCGGCGUUGCGCACUGCCGCUGACGUCAUCCAGCGCAUCCGCUGGGAUCCGCGCCUGGACCCUGCCGAAUUUUCGGUGGGCUACACUGAUCGCUUCCUGGGCGUGCAGGAAGAGCCCUUCUGCGCCUUCUGCUGGGACGAGCCGCUGGCAGCGCUCGGGCCCGGCGUAUUGGCGGUGCCACAGCACCGCAUCCGCUACUUCCGCUUCCGCGGCCGCCUGGUGUGGGACCGUGCCUCGCGUACUGACCUCAUUUUUGGCUCGGGCUCUGUGGCUGGACGGGGACCCACUAUCCUGGACGCACUGGACGACGGGAACGAGUACUGGCCAGAGGUUGCACCAGAAAUCCCUGACACAGAGAAGACAGGUGCGGCUUCCGAGGGUCAGGACACUCAGCAUGGCCCUAAGGAAGGGAGUGGAAACCCGGCAAGAACUAGACUUGAUUCGAGCCUGGGGACACCUGAAGAGGGUACGGCAACCAAAGAGAACAGAACUGGGCUUGAUUCGGGCCUGGAGAUACCCGAAGACGGUGGGGCAACUAAGGAAAAUAAAACUGGGCUUGAUUCGGGGCUGGAGAUACCCAAAGAGGGUGGGGCAACCAGAGAGACUGUCCUGAAUAGGACCACAGAGGCAGGAACACCAGAGGCAAGCGGGUGCUUCACAGGAGUAAAGGAGAUCUUGAACUCACUAGAGACACCUGGAGCCACUCUACUUCCACAGUGGGAGGCACAGGCCAGGGAAGCCCCAAAGCUUUCUGCUGAAGAGAUGGGAAGUGAGUGGACUCCAGGGACUUGGCCUGAUGAAAGAAGGUUCCCUCGCCAGCCCCGCCCCACACAUUUUGUGGCACUGAUGGCUACAGAGCCUGGGCUUAGGGCGGAAGUGGUCAAGGCCCAAGAGCAUUUGGUGCGGAUUGCUCCUCCUUGUGCUGCUUUCCUGGUACCUGUACAGGCCCUGCACCUGACAGUGGCCUUGCUGAGGCUGACAGGCCCUGGGGAGGAGGCCGCAGCUACUGGGGCUCUGCGGAGGGCCCUCCUGAAACCAGGGCUUCAGGUACCCUCCCAGCUACACUUCAAGGACUUGGUUCUUCUGGGUCAUCACGUGCUCUGUGCCAUACCCUCCCCCACACUGGCAGACAUGGCCCAAACUCUGAAUCAGAGGCUGGAGGCUGAAGGGCUGAGAGUGGUGCAGCCCCCAGGGGGCCUACAGCCACACCUCACCCUGGCCAAGGUGCCACAGGGAUCCCAGGUUUGCAUUCCUGAGCCUGAGUUCAGUUUGAACCAGGAGCUAGGAAGACAGCCCCUAGGGAAACUCUGGCUAUGCCGUAUGGGCAGAGCAGGACAUAGCUACUUGCCCCUGGCUGAGAUUUCCCUCAAGUGACCAACGUUCCAAACUUCGUAGAAGAAACAAGCCAAAUAGAAACAAUUUCUCUCUCUCUCUCUUUCUCUUUAAUUUUUGGUUUCAAGCUUCCAAAAUGUACUGUACUCAAUGCUCAAG